UGUUAUUUUUUUUUUUUUUCAAAACUUUGAAGAGCAUGUGUGUUGGUUUUAAGUUGUUUAACGAUGUGUAAAUAAUGAAUAACGGUUUGUUUAUACAUUUCAAAAGAAAAGAAAAACAGCAUUUGUUGAUAGUAAAUGAAUGCCGGAGAAAUGUUCGCUGAAGAGAAACGUAUGAAUAUAUAUUAAAUAACGGUAAUUUUGUUUUUUAAAUCAAUGAAAUUGCAACGAGGCAAUCGAUUCAGUGCUCAAAAGUGUUGCUAUUAAGCAAAAAUAUUGUAAAAAAUAACGGUUCAACUCAUUCCUUUCUACAGUGUAGUGCUGGUUAACGAAAUAAAAUCCUAUCACUAAUAUUGUAUACGUGCGCGAUAUACGAAAAAGUUCGCGAAAAUCUAAAUACAUGCAAAUUUUUUAAAAUAAAAUACAAAUUCAUUUUCUAUUAUAUUAUAUUAAAAACAAAAAGUUUAAAAUUUCAUGACGAAAAUAAUUAUCAAGUGAAUGCAUACAAGAAAAAAAAAAACUAUUAAAAGUGCUGGGAGAGUAAGAGAGGGCCACUUAUUACAAAUUUAUUUGCAUCAAACAAAAAAUCGCUUGAUAAUAACUCACAUAAGCAAGCGCACAUAAUACACACGAAGAAUGUUAUAGUCAUUCAACAUAAAAAUUAUAAUGCAAUCCCGUACAGAUUGCAAGCUGAUUAUUAAAAAUGGAGAGAAAAAGACGGCCAACAAUGGUCUCCUCUCUUCUCAAAUACUAGCGAGCUAAGAAUUGUUAAUUACAAAAACAAAGAAAUAAAAAAUACUUUAUUAUUGAAAGGAAAGGAAAAGACUAAAGUUAGUGGAUGAUCUCUUAAGAGCUUGAGAAAAGCUCUAAAUGAUAAUAAAAACAAAAUUAAAAAUACAGUGUUUCCCUUUACCUAAAUAUGUCUACAUAAAAACGAAGUGAUUGCUUAAUAAAAAAAAAAAAAAAUUUUUCUUUUUGAAAGUUAUAUAAAAAAAGUUGAAACUCGUAAAAUCGCAAGACAUAUAGUCAUAUAAAAGUAAUGUGUAAAAUGUCGUGCUAUAUGGUUUCCUAAUAAAAAGAAUUUUCAGUUCUUUCAAAUCUUAGGAAUGUAUGCAGUGUGAGCAAAUAUUUAAUAUAUUAAUAAAAAUGAAACUAGUGAUCCUUAAGAAUCUACAAAAACAAUUAAACUUUUUUCAUGUGAAUAUUUUACCGACAAAAAAAGAUUUUUUCUAACCCGAAUAAUGUACCUCAAACGCGUAUGCAUACUACUUGUAGAUAAUAAUGUAACGAUUAUUAUUCAAAAGCGAUGCCACUGUUGGUUAACAUCGAUCAUAGCAGCAAAGAUAAAAUAUGUUAAUGUUGGUUAACGUUCUAGAAAAUACAUUUUAAAAUAUACGUGUGUCGUAAAUUAACUAAAAAAAACUUAUUAAAUAUAAUGAACAAAAAUUGUGGAGAGCAAUAACUAAAAAACAAUCAAGCAAAGAUAAUAACUUAACGGCAAUUUAACUCAACAGCGAUAACAAAAGCAAAAACAAAAAACAACAAUAUGAGAAAAUGUAAAUAAACUAAAUUAUGCUUUUCACAUCAACGAUGAAUGAUCUCAAAGGCAGCUGUUCAAAGUCUAAAGAAGAGGAAUACACGCAAUCAAAGAAAACCAAUUUUACUGAAACCACAAGGCGGAAUAGUGCGGAUAGACGGACGGAAAGAUAGAGAGAUAGAGAGGCAGAGAAAGUAAAAGUAAGAAUAAGAAACGGAGGUAGCAAUAGAGGUAAAGGAAACGAGAGGUAAACGCAAAGGCAAAGAAAAAGUUGGGGGGAAGACGGAGCGAGAGAGAAAGACAUAUCGCUGGAGAUAAAGUCAGUUAAAUUUGAAUAAAGCGUUUAGAUAAUUGCAAUGAAAAGAAAGAUGAUGAAAGGCGGCGAUGCAAGUCUGAUGGAAUGCUAAUAAAUUAUUGUAACAGUGUAAAGCACUUUUGACAUUGACGUCAUUGCAAUUUGGAAAAGCCUUGAGAAACUUACGCAUUUCACGACCACUAAUAGGAGCAACGACAACAGAUAAUUGCUGAAUGAUAUCAAGUUAAGUGUUGAACUGUGUUGCGUUUUGCGCUAUUGACAGUAUGAGUCCCAAAGAUAAUGAUACACUUGAUGAAAUGUUAGGCCAACUGCAGGGUACGAAAACAAAUACAACAAAAUUUAUAACAACAUUGGAGGAGCGAGUCGGAGAGGAAAGGGAUGUAUUUCCAGGGGCUGUUCAUAGGUAUUCAACUGCGGGCCACGAAAUCCGUGAACAGCAAAUUGACCUAAAAAGUGUAACAAAGCCAGCCGUACCAAAUAGCACCAGCAAUUUAAUUAAAAAAAUGAUAAACGACGUCAGCAAAACGAUCAAUUUUAAUCCUAAGCACAACGAGCGUAGGGAGUGCUUAGCGUACAAUUUUGUUAGUGGCGAUGGUAGUGGCGCUGCUGCAGACGUUAGGCGCGAAGGUAUUUUACGAACGCGUGUAGGUAGCGAAGGUGGCGACGGUUCACUCUAUACAAGAAAUCGCGAUGCUGAUGAUGAGUACACAACAACCUACACAGUGUGCAGUAACACUUUAACUGACGUUAGUUGUACGAUAAAUAAAAACAACAACAGCAAACGCGUUAAAAGUAGCAACAAUAACAUUAAUAAUAAUAACAAUAACAGCAACAACAGCGAUGACAAUGAUGCUAAUAAUAUUAAAACGAAUCCACACGAUUGCUUUAAUGAAACGAUGAGAGCGGCUUUAUCUCUAGACAUUAGUACAACUCAGUUGGCUUUGGUUGCAGAGAGUAAACAGCGUUCGUUAAAAACAUUGUCUACAACGGUAAAAAACGACAACACGACAAGAAAUACAAAAACAAAUUGUAAGGUAACGACGACAGCGACGACAGCAACGACAGAAACGACAACAACUACAACAAUGAAAGCCACGACAACAUUAGUUAAUACAAAAAAAUCGUCAACAGAAAAUAAAUGUACGUCAAAAGACUUGCAGCAAUUCAGUGAUCAAAAAACUUUGGAAGCAAACACAUCAAAAGCGGUAACAGAAAUAUCAGCAAACACCCAAGAACAACAUCAAUGUGAACCACUGGAAUUAACUAGCAAAACAUUAGCUGAACGGAAAGCUUUAUUAAAACAGGAGUUUUUCCAAGAGUUUCACACGGCAGCCUCUUCCAGCUCUUUACGGUCAUCGUCUGGUGCUUUAAGUAAACGCGUUUUGAAGAGACAACAUAAUCUAAAGUUAAAGAUACCCUCGGCAGAAGUUGUUGAGAAUAUUCCUUUAUCACUGGUGGCUCAAAGGAAAUUGACUCUGUCCCAAAAAUUUGAAAAGCAAAUUGAAGUAAAGUGUGGUGUGAAACAACCGCAACGUGCUGUAAAAUUUCCUCAGAUACAGGAACUGGUUAAGAAAUUCGACAUCGACAAGAAAAUGUUAGUAACACAACUGAAGGAUCGUGAAAUCCAAGAAAUGGACACGUUGAAACCAUUUGAUGGUAGCAGUGCUUUGGAACAACGUAAUAGCCCUUUGUCGGAUGAGGGUUGCAAUCUAGGUCAGAGCCCCUACAGCAGUGAUAAUGACGACGAUGACGAUAAUGAGUCCAUACGCACCACUAAUACCGCCAUAGAAAGACCGGUGGCAAUGUUGAAACAUAAAGAUAAAGUGGCACGUUCGGCUAGUAGUGACUCGGCUUUAGGUUUGGAUGUAGAAGAGGCUAUGGAUGCUAGUCCACCUGCUAAUGAGCAUCAACAAAAACGCCGCAUGACGUUAACUGUAACCGAUCUGCCAUUAAGGCCAGCUUUGCUACCUUUAGCAGAACCUACCACUUUGCCGGACUCUCCUACUCCGGAAAGAGAGCUUGUUGCACAAAUUCCUUUACCGACCACUCCCAUACCCAGUAAAGUGUUAUUGGAAGAACGCGUAGUAGAGAUACCAGAAGAUCAUCGUUCUGGAAUUAGCUCACGACGUGAGUCUUCUCAGUCUUGUCUUAGCGAUUUUCCUCCCAACGAAAUGCAAGGUAUUAGAUUUGUCCGCACUCCUUCCGUUGUGGUUUCAGACUAUUCGGACGAUAUUAUGUGUGGCAUUACGUUGGAAGAAAUUGAGUAUUUUAGAGCUCAACGACAACGUAGACGUCGUUCCUCUUUGGAUACAGCUACCGACAAUAAUUCUGACGUAAGUGCUGCCUCCUCAUGCAGUAACUUGUAUUAUUGUGGCUCAACUAUAUCGGCUUUAGACGGAGCCGAAUGUCUUGUAAACGGUGAACGUAUUCAGUUGGAGCGUAAAACUAGUGAUUGUUCCAUAACAUGUUCCCUAAGUGGUGAUGAAGAUGGCUUCACCAUACGCGAACAACCGGAAGGUAAUUCAGAUCGUGAUGGCAAAGACAUAACCGAUAUGCUCGCUGCCCAGCAUUUGGGAGCUAAACGUUCCAAAAAGGUAUGUGUUCCGAUUUAACUGUUCUUCCUCUUUUGUUUGUUUUUAAACUAAGGCCGACGACGAAACUAUUUAUUUACUUUGAACUGAAUACUGUUUACUUGAAAAUCAAGCGAGUCGUACAAUUUUUUGCGGACGACGUGAACUGUUAGAUACAAGUUCAUGCAU